UAAAAUUACAAAAAAAAAAAAAUCUAAAUUAAAUUAAAAAGAUUAUUAAAAAACUAGUUUUUGUUUUGUUUUGGCUUUGGAGCUUAGCCUACCCUUUUGAACCUUGGUUGGUUCCCCUUUGAAUUCUUCAUCAAAGAUUUUAAGGAACUUGCUUUAUAAUUUCAAAGGGGUCCAGCUACUGGGUGCUGGUUAUCAAGAAUAUUCAUAGAAGAAUCAUUGGUUCUAAAUUUGCAUAAACAUUAUUUUUUGUGAGAAGAAUUCUUUUGACAUUUUGGGAUGUGGAGAGAUCCUGGAUCCCCUGCUGAUUCUUUCUAUGAAGUCCGCCCUGAAUGCACUGAUGUUCCCAAGUCUCGAUUUAGAAUCAAGGCUGGUAAAACACUAAGUGCAAGAAAGUGGCAUGCUGCAUUUUCUCCAGAAGGGUAUUUGGAUAUAGGCAAGACUCUAAGCCGAAUCCACCGUGGGGGAAUCCAUCCAUCAAUCAGAGGAGAAGUUUGGGAAUUUCUACUUGGUUGCUAUGAUCCCAAGAGUACAUUUGAGGAAAGAGAUGAGAUUAGGCAGCGCCGAAGGGUGCAAUAUGCUGAAUGGAAGGAAGAAUGUCGCCAAUUGUUUCCUCUUGUGGGAAGUGGUAGAUUUAUCACAGCACCUGUCGUCACCGAGGAUGGUGUAGCGAUUCAAGAUCCAAUAGUUCUGUUAGAAAAUAAUCCAGACAAUGGAGUGAUUGUUCCUCCUCAAGAUAUAGGUGGUACCAAUGGUACAACCAAUAAUGCAGCAAAGAAGCUGACAGACAAAAAAGUAAUUCAGUGGAUGUUAACUCUACAUCAAAUAGGUCUUGACGUGAUUCGCACCGAUAGGACACUGUGUUUUUAUGAAAAGAAAGAGAAUUUGUCAAAACUAUGGGAUAUUCUCGCUGUUUAUGCUCGGAUAGAUACAGAUGUUGGCUAUGGUCAAGGAAUGAGUGACCUAUGCUCUCCUAUGAUAAUACUUCUCAAUGAUGAAGCUGAUUCCUUUUGGUGCUUUGAGCGUCUGAUGCGCAGAUUGCGAGGAAAUUUCAGAUGCACCGAUAACACUGUCGGGGUGGAGACUCAACUAAACAAUUUGGCUUCAAUUACUCAAGUUAUUGAUCCAAAACUUCAUCAACAUAUAGAGCAUAUUGGUGGAGGUGACUAUCUGUUCGCUUUUCGGAUGCUAAUGGUUCUAUUUCGUCGAGAAUUCUCUUUUUGCGAUUCAUUGUACCUUUGGGAGAUGAUGUGGGCUCUAGAAUAUGAUCCCAACUUGUUCUGGCUGUAUGAAGAAUCUGAAGAAACUUCUGAAAAAUCUGAGGAAUCUAAAGCAAGACUGAAGUCGAUACGUCAUUAUGGAAAGUACGAGAGAGAAAAUAUGAGAAAUGGAGCAAAGAAUACAGAAGAGCCUCCUCUUCCCAUAUCUAUUUUCCUUGUUGCUAGUGUGUUGAAAGAAAAAAGUGCAACACUACUUCAGCAAGCACGAGGUCUAGAUGAUGUUGUCAAGAUAUUGAAUGACGUGAAUGGAAAUCUAGAUGCCAAAAAGGCCUGCAUGGCAGCACUGAAACUUCACAAGAAAUAUCUGAAAAAGGCCAAGAAACCCUAGCCCCAAAUAUAGCAAAAAAUAUUUGUUUUUUCACUGAUCAAGAGAUGUGUUGCUUCCUGCAUGCUGCCCUUUGUUUGGGAUAAACAAUAUUCGAGUUCCUCAUAAAAUUUGGAUUAGAUUUUACAAAAUUCAAAAAGGAAUCCAACCGACAAGUCUUAGUUGAGCAACAAUUGUUGUUUGUGUUUGAAGUUAAAUUAUUUUUCUUUUGUAUAUCUAAAUUAACAAAAUGUUGUAUAUGAAGUUAUUAUGUUCAACCAUCUGUUCAUACUUUGUAAUAUAUGUGAUACAACAAAAAGGGUAAACAAAAAAGGGAAUAACCGUCUGUGUCAACAAAAUUGAUGUCCCACUAAUGUCAUAUAUAUGUAGCUAUCAAUGAAUGUACGAUUGAAUAAAGCAAUUCUUUUAUAUAAAAACAUCAUAAUCUAGCAAGACAAUAUCAAUACAAAAACUAGAACUAGUAUUAUUGCAAAGCAAUGAUGCGG